AUGGCUUCGUCCGUCGCCACGUGUAAUGUUGAUCUGAAUUUUACACGCUACAAAUAUGAAGAAUUUAAAAACACAAAAGCACGAACUGUUCCUUACGAAGAUAUCGAUUACACCAUAUACAAACCAUCUGCUAAUUGCGUGGCUUUUCUAACCAGCGAAGAUCGGAUCAUUCACUGGAUAAAAAUAUUUUAUUAUCGCUACUGCGGCGAAAUAAACAAUCAAGAUGGCGAACGGCAAUUAUUUAAAUCAACUUGGGAAGAACAACUCGCCCAAAACGACUCAUCGAAAUGCGAAAAAAUCACACUAAUUCUGUCCCUCGAAGGCAAAAAAACGGAUGAAAAUCUUAUUACCAUAAUUAUUUACUGUAGCACUGGUAGAAUCCAGAUACAAGGACGUUCUAUGCGUGCGUGGGGCGAUAAUGAAUUCCUUACAAUCAAGAAGCUGGUAGACCUAGACAUCGAUGAAAUAUCCUCCAAUACAGCAAGUAAAAACCUUCAAACCUUCAUCGAGAAUAUUACACAGACUCCAACUAAAGAAACAAGACUGGAUGAAGUCAAUGAGAUGUCCCCACAAGCAACUCCAAAUCCUGCUGGUAACUCGAACCCCGCAUGUGAAGAAUCUGUAAUAAUUAAAACCAAUGUGGCAAAUCUUGAAACAAAUUUCGUUUCCUUCAAACAAGAUAUUCUAAAAUCAUACGAAGAAAUAAAGAAAGAUAUGAAGAAAAAAGAUGAUGAAAUCGAAAUUUUAAAGAAAAGGAUUACCAGUCUUGAGACACUAAAUGAGCUUCUUAAAAAAGAGAAUGCUGAUCUGACUAACAUCUCACAUAAACAAAAGCAAUUAGAAAAGAAAGUUAGUAAUGCCAUUACCCUAUGUAAAGACCUAAAACAAAAAACCGUAAUUCCACCAUCCACUGAAGAAUCCUCCCACCAAAUAGUUCCAGCUGAAAGUACCACUGAACCCACAUCAACCAUGGAAUCAAAACCAACCCAACCAAAUCCACCCCUGGAAACCCACCUCAUAUCCACCAUCACUACUCAGAACAAAUUCUCGGCCUUUGACAAUGAAAGCCCUGACAUGCCAAACAGUUUAAUGCAAACACAAGAAAAAGAUUCCCUAACAGAAAUAAAAGCAGACACUGUUAUCCUUUGCGAUUCCAAUGGAAGAAACAUAAAUCCAACAUUACUGUGCCCCAACUCCACUACCAAAUACCUGAAAAGCCCUACAGUAGAACAAGCUAGAGAAAUCCUUGACCGACACAAAUUCAUUGAGCCUAAGACCUUUAUCAUUCACUGUGGUACAAAUGACAUUGAAAAACUACCUACUGACAACAUCUCCAAACAAAUGAAAUCCCUCCUAUCAUCAAUCAAUCAAAAACACCCUCAAUCCCGGAUAAUACUCUCCUGCCUCCUCCCCCGCGACGACAACCUCCUUCAAAAAGCCCAAGACCUCAAUGAAAAACUAAUGAAAACUGCAAAAGAAUUCCCAAACACAACCUCUGUAACCCAUGCAAACCUAUUCCAGUCCACAUCAAUACUCUAUGACAAGAAACACCUAAACGACAAAGGUUUCAGAAUCUUUGCAAAAAACCUUAAAAGUGCAUAUUAUGGAACCCAUCAGAAAAGAGCAAACUCUAAACCAAAACCAUAUCCCCAUCCAGCCAUCAGACCUUAUCCCCAACCACUACCUUCCAUUCCACUGCAUCAUCCAUCCCGUAACCCUUCAACUUCAAACUACCAUCAACACUCCCCCCAACGUGCACACAAUGGUAGCCCAAGCAACAUGAUGAGACCAUUAAAUGGUAAUGCCAACCUGAAAAUUGCUGAAUUGAUGAAUUUUCUCCAUGGACUACUCCAAUGA